AUGGAGGACCAGAAGAAUCGAACUCAUCACAAGACAAAGGAGAAGAAAAAAUAUGAAGGUCAAAAUCCGAAAGCUUUCGCUUUUUCGAAUCCUGGAAAGGGUAAAAGACAGGCUGCAAGGUCCCACGAACUCAAGGAAAAACGUCUACAUGUACCUCUCGUCGAUCGCCUCCCCGAGGAGGCACCACCAAUCAUCGUUACAGUCGUUGGGCCUCCUGGAGUUGGCAAGACUACACUGAUCAAGUCAUUGAUAAGACGAUACUCGAAACAAACCUUAAGUUCUCCGACAGGCCCUCUUACGGUCGUUACAUCGAAGCGCCGACGCUUGACGUUUCUAGAAUGUCCUUCAGACUCGUUGGCAAGCAUGAUCGAUGUCGCGAAGAUUGCAGAUAUAGUGUUGCUGAUGAUUGACGGCAACUACGGAUUUGAGAUGGAGACUAUGGAGUUUUUAAACGUUCUGGCAUCCAGUGGUAUGCCUGGUAAUGUCUUUGGAAUCCUCACCCAUCUCGACCUUUUUAAGAAGCAAAGCACAUUGCAAGCCGCCAAAAAAAGAUUGAAACAUCGUUUCUGGAGUGAAUUAUAUCAGGGUGCGAAACUAUUUUAUCUAUCUGGAGUCGUCAAUGGCCGGUACCCAGAUCGUGAAAUCCACAAUCUAUCUCGAUUCCUUUCCGUGAUGAAAAACCCGCGUCCUCUUGUAUGGCGUAAUUCGCAUCCUUACGCUCUCGCCGAUCGGUUUCUUGACAUCACGCCGCCAACUGAGAUUGAAAAGGACGAAAAAUGCGAUCGUACAAUAGCAUUAUAUGGCUACCUGCGUGGAACAAAUUUUCCUGCUCAAGGUGCCCGUGUCCAUGUUCCUGGUGUCGGCGAUCUUACAGUCUCAGCCAUUGAAUCUUUACCUGAUCCUUGUCCUACGCCUUAUAUGGACCAGCAAAUAGCUAAAGCGACGGGCAAAGGAGGACGGAAGAGAUUGGGAGAGAAGCAAAAGUUGUUGUUCGCUCCGAUGUCGGAUGUUGGUGGUGUUUUGAUUGAUAAAGAUGCGGUUUACAUUGAUGUCAAGUCCGCGACUUUCAACCGGGAGGCAGAUGAAGACGACGAGGACGGAGGAUUAGGGGAGCAACUUGUUAUGGGUCUCCAAAACGAACGCAAACUACUCGGAGAGGCCGAAGAUGGUCUUCAACUGUUCAAAGGCGGUGGAGCAAUCUCAAAGGUAGACGCUGAGGCUGACACUGGCCGAAAAGAAAGGCGGCAUGUUCGGGCAAUGAAUGACGAUGGCUAUGUCUCCGAAGAAGAAGACGAAGGGUUUGGAAGCGGGGAUGAUGAAGAUGAGGUGGAGGGUGACUUAGCCGAUGAGGAUUUCGAUGAGGAGGCAGAUUCUGGCGACGAAGCUGAAUUCGAAGCACCACCUGACUUGACCCGACAUGUUCGUGAGAAGCAGAAUGGUGAUAUCAAUGAAAAAGAAGGUGAUUUCGCUUUCGCAGACAGCGAUUCAGACCUUGGUUCCAUUUCUUCUGUGGAAGAUCAAGAGUUUGACGACCCCGAAGAAGAUGAAGAUAUAUCAGAGGAUGACGAAGACGGUGCAGUUCGGUGGAAGAGCAAUAUGCUAAAGAAUGCUAAAGCUCUUCAUGGGAAGAAGCCUGCAUACCGCGUCAUUGACCUUACGCGCAUGCUUUAUGACGAAUCUAUCUCGCCUGCCGAGGUGAUAGCGAGAUGGAAAGGUGAAGAUAACGAGCAAGAUGAGGAGAAUAUAGAGGAUGAGGAAGAAGAUUUCUUCAAAAAGACCGACGCUGAAAAGGAAGAAGAAUGGGAAGAUCGAACAAUACCCGACUUUGACUAUGCCGAACUGGAGAAGAAAUGGUCGGAUCAAGAUGCUGUCGAAGCCUUACGACGUCGGUUUGCUACGGCCAGAUUAGGUGCUGAUGGCAGUGACGACGAAGACGAGGAAGACGGCUCGGGUGAUGGACUAUCAGACGAGGGAGACGGUGCUUUUGAGGAUCUUGAGACCGGCGAAGUCUUCAAUGGCUUUGAUGAAGGUUCAGGCGAUGAGGAGGGGAGCCGAGCCGAAGAGAAAGUUGAAGGUGAAGUGGACCUCGAGGCCGAGCGAGAGCGAAAUGCCAAGAGGAAAGAAGAGCUCAAGUUGCGAUUCGAAGAAGAAGACAGAGAAGGCUUCGCUAAUGCCAGGAACGGCGAUCGAAACGAAAGCAAGGGCGAUAAUGAGUUUGGAGAAGAUGAUUGGUAUGACGCUCAAAAAGCUCAGCUGCAAAAACAGUUGGACAUCAACCGCGCCGAAUUUGAGUCUCUUGACGCUAUCUCCCGUGCUCGCGCAGAAGGUUUCCGAGCAGGUACCUACGCACGUAUCGUCUUGGAGAAGGUCCCUUGUGAAUUCUCAACCAAGUUCAAUCCUCGAUAUCCCGUUCUUGUUGGCGGGCUGGCACCAACAGAAGAACGUUUCGGCUAUGUCCAAGUGCGGAUCAAAAGACACCGAUGGCAUAAGAAGAUUCUCAAGACUAAUGAUCCGCUUAUCUUCUCUCUUGGUUGGCGUCGCUUCCAGAGUCUCCCGAUCUAUAGUAUUUCGGACUCGCGUACACGCAACCGCAUGUUGAAGUAUACACCGGAGCACAUGCACUGUUUCGGAACCUUUUACGGACCCCUAGUCGCUCCUAACACUGGUUUCUGUUGUGUGCAGUCCUUUUCGAACAAAAUCCCCGGUUUCCGAAUUGCUGCUACUGGCGUGGUUCUCAACGUAGACGAGAGCACGGAGAUUGUGAAGAAACUCAAACUCACCGGUUAUCCGUACAAGAUCUUCCGCAAUACUGCUUUCAUUCGGGACAUGUUCAAUUCUUCACUGGAAAUUACCAAGUUCGAAGGUGCCGCCAUUCGUACAGUGUCUGGCAUUCGGGGCCAGAUCAAGAGAGCCCUCAGCAAACCCGAGGGUCAUUUCCGUGCAACUUUCGAAGACAAGAUCCUGAUGAGCGAUAUCGUUUUUCUCCGUGCCUGGUAUCCGAUCAAGCCUCAUCGUUUCUACAACCCUGUUACGAACUUGUUAGAUAUGGAUGAAAGUGCACCCGAGGAAAAUGGCUGGCAGGGUAUGCGCUUGACGGGUGAGGUCCGCAGGGCUGAAGGGAUCCCAACGCCCCUUGAAAAAGACUCGAAAUAUAAACCAAUUGAACGCCCCUCGCGCCAUUUCAAUCCUCUCCGUGUCCCUCGACAACUUGCCAAGGACUUACCCUACAAAUCCCAAAUCACUCAAAUGCGACCCCGCAAGGAGCAGACAUACAUGCAGAAGCGAGCAGUCGUCCUAGGUGGAGAAGAGAAGAAAGCACGCGACCUCAUGCAGAAGCUCAGCACCAUGAACAACGAAAAGAGAGCCAAACGUGCCGCAGCACAGGAGGAGCGCCGAAAGGGGUAUCGCGCCAAAGUGGCAGAGAACUUGGCCAAGAAAGCCGAGCGUGAGAAACGUGAGAAGAGUGAAUAUUGGAGACAAGAGGGCAAGAAACGGAAAAACACUGAAGGAGAUUCAGGUGGUGGUAAAAAGCGCAGGUGAGCGUUAUGAUAAUCUUGUUUGCCGAUGCAUUUUGGGCGUUCAUCAGUCUUGUUUGCUUGUCUUGGUGUGACAUGAAAA